AUGAAUGUAUCAUGUGUUCCCAACUUCAACUACUUUGAUACUUCGGAAUUUCUAACUGUUGCUAUGCAUAGUAUUACUGUAAUUGUUACACCCAUCCAUCUACUGGGGCUAUACUGCAUAUUAUUUAAAACUCCUGACCAAAUGGAAGGUGUCAAAUGGUAUUUGUUGAACAUGCAUAUUUCUGUUAUGGUAUUCGAUUAUUCCGUGACGGUUUUGAGUAUUCCAUUUGUUUUAGCAACUAAGUUAGCGGGGUUUUCGUUGGGAAUCUCGAAAUAUUUAAAUCUACCAUUUAUUAUUCCAGCAAUCACCACAAUAUAUAGUUUUGGAUUGAUUUCUAUUGCGAUAGUUGCAAUUUUUGAAAAUCAAUUCCGGGUUAAUUGUUCAUUUUCAUGGAUGACAAAGUGGGGCCAUAUGAAGCCAUUAUUCUUACCAUUUCACUACAUAGUUCACGCUUGCAUGGUAGCCGGUGUUCUAUUUUUUGUUCCGAACCAGGAAGCAGCAAUAAAGAAUUUGUUUAAGAACCUUCCCUGUCUCCCACAUGAAAUUUACGAAGCACCGUUCUUUGUUCUAGCAGAAAAUGUAAAUUAUCACUUAAUAACGGCGUUUUUAGCUAUAGCAUUUGUCACUUUUGAAAUACUAUUUUUUCUUAUUUGCCUUAUCUUCAACUGCCUUAAGCAGUUAAAAGAACACAAAAUGUCACGGAGGACAUUUCGGCUUCAAAAGCAAUUCCUUAUUGCUAUUAUUGUGCAAAGUGGAGUUCCGCUGAUAUUCUUUAUCCUUCCACUUUUCUAUUUUAUAUUUGCAUUUUUAAAACAGUACUAUAAUCAAGGAGUUAUCAAUUGUCUUAUUGUAAAUGCAUCGUUGCAUGGUCUAGUCUCUACAUUGGCUAUGUUGUCACUUCACAAGCCAUAUCGUCAAGCUAUGAAGGAUAUGUUUGCAAGAUCACCACAACAAAGGCCGGAAGUCUCAAAAAUAUCUAAAGCUGUACUUCUCUAG